AUGUACUCAAAGAUCCUCUGCUUUACGACCCUCCUUGCUGUGGUCGCUGCUCAAUAUGGCCACGGCCAUGGGUACUCCUCCCAGCACUUCGUUAAGCACGAUGGACACCCUGAAGUCGUCCACGGCCAUCACGGACACCACGACUACCAUACUCAUCCCAAAUACGAGUUCGACUACAAAGUAGAAGACCAUCACACAGGAGACAUUAAGUCGCAGCACGAGCACCGUGAUGGAGACGUGGUGAAGGGCGUCUACUCUCUGCAUCAACCUGACGGUUCCCAAAGGACUGUCCACUACCACGGAGACCACCACACCGGGUUCCACGCCGACGUGAAAUUCGGAACCCAUCACAUUGUCCCCCAUCAUCAUCAUUAUUAA